CCACAGAGGAGCAGGAGGAGGGGUCAGCUCCGUCUACGACUUCCCUCCCCGGCGUGGAAAGAGCGGCCGUGAGUCCCGCUGACCGCCACAGCAAAGAUCUGCUGUUUAGAUCAAGAUGAACUGGUCUAAUGUUUUGAUUGGAUUUCUGCAGUUGAAUUUUCUUCGAAUGGUAAUUUCCUAUUGCAUGGUAUAUCAGAUUCCCCCACAGAGCUUUCAGCUACCAUGUGUAUCAACAGAGAAAACUUCUAACUUUUAUUUGCCUGCUGGAAUUGCACAAAAUGGUCCUGGUUUAGAUGAAGAAUAUGGGACAAUUGAAGCCAAUGCCACAACACUGGUGACUGAAGAUCAUUACCUGUGCUGCCAGUGGAAUGAUACACAUAUUAACUGUUUUAUAUAUAUUGCAGAAAUUGAAGCCAAGGCAUUUGCUUAUUCAAAAACUGGUGCCUUUACAUCUCAGGAAAUAGAUUCAAUAUGGAAUCUCCAGUUUUGGUCUAAAGAAAACACAGAGGAGCUCUUUUGCAUUGUGGAAUUGUCUACUAAGUCACCAUACCUGAAUGAAGACUUUUCUGCUAAUCUGUUAUAUGUAUUAACAGAUUUCUCAUUGGAAAGUACCUCAACAAAUUCACUAAAGGACAAUGUGACAGUCAUUCACUGUAAUGCUGUAAAAGACCAAAGAUAUGAAUGUCAGAUAACAUCAGCAAAACUCAACCAUAUUUACAUUAUGUGGCUCAAGAUCACAAAUGGGAUAAUCUUGCUUCGGUCACCACUAAUGUCAGUCAAGCCCAUAGAUAUUGUAAAGCCUGAACCUCCGUUACAUCUGCAUAUGGAAUUGACAGACAAAGGACAUUUAAAGAUCUCUUGGUCUACUGCAUCAUCAGUUUCAUAUCCACUUCAGUAUGAAGUAAAAUGCUUUGCAAAUUCCACUAAGAAUGUCUGGCAGGUGGUUGAGAUGACGGUGGAAACUUCAUUGAUCAUAAGCAAUAUGGUAUUUGAUUCAUCAUAUGUAGUUCAAGUUCGAUGCAAAAAACGUAAUGGACCAGGCCUUUGGAGCGACUGGAGCACACCUUAUAAAAUGAAUCUACAAGAUGUCAUGUAUUUCCCUUCAAAAUUCCUAGCAAGUGUUGGAACAAAUGUUUCCUUUUACUGUAUUUAUAAAACCAAAGAUAAAGUAAUUUCAUCCAAGAAGAUAGUCUGGUGGUUAAAUUUAGCAAAAGAAAUCCCUAGAAGUCAAUACACACUUGUGAAUGACUACAUUGGCAAAGUUACACUUGUCAACUUAAAUGCAAUGAAACCUGGAGGGAAUUUCCUCUUUAAUGCCUUAUAUUGUUGUAAUGAAAACAAGGAAUGUAAUCAUCGUUAUGCUGAAUUAUAUAUAAUAGAUGUUAAUAUCAGCAUCACAUGUGAAACAUAUGGCAACUUGCAAAAAAUGACUUGUAGAUGGUCCACCAACACAGACCCACUGCUUUUGGAGAGCAGUUUGCUGUUAAGAUACUACAGGAGUGAUGUGUAUUGUUCAGAGUCUCCUAGUAUGCCUUCAGAUUCAGAGGUAAAAGAAUGUCCAUCACAGAGGAAUAAUUCUUACGAAUGCAUAUUUCAACCUUUUUACCUUCUGUCUGGAUAUACAAUGUGGAUAGAGAUAAAGCACUCUUUGGGGACAGUUACGUCUCCACCAGUGUGCAUCCUUCCAAAAGAUGUAGUGAAGCCGUUUUCUCCCUCCAGUGUCAAAGCAGAAAUCACAAGGGAAGUGGGGCUGCUGAACAUGAGCUGGAAUAACCCAGAACUUCCAAAGAAUGAUCUUCAGUUUCAGAUUCGUUAUGCUGUCAAUGGAACAGAAAUUGCUUGGGAGAUGCAAGAGGUUUCCACUGUAUCAGUUAGUUCUGCCAGUAUAGAUGUGCAGGAUCCCUGUGCAGUAUACAUUAUUCAGGUGCGCUGCUGUGUGAUUGAUGGAAUAGGCUACUGGAGUGAUUGGAGCAGACCUGCCUACACGGUUAUUAAGGAUAUCAAAGCUCCUUUAAGAGGACCUGAAUUCUGGAGAGCUAUUAAUGAAGAUCCAAUAAGGAACCAAAAAAAUGUUACUCUGUUUUGGAAGCCAUUGAUGAAGAAUCUUUCCUUAUGCAGUGUUCUAAACUAUGUGGUAGAGCAUAAUACUUCAGAAAACAUUACUUGGUCUGACUAUGUAGAAAAUGACACUACCUAUACAUUUUCAUGGACAGAGGAUGUGCAUGCCAUUAGAGUUCUAGCCGUCAACUCAAUUGGAGUUUCCUCUGUGAAUUUCAUUUUAACUCUGUCACAACAAAUGAGUGCAGUAAACAUUGUGAAAUCUCUCAGUGCCUACCCAGUGAACAGCAAUUGUGUAAUUGUGUCCUGGACACUUUCACCUGUGGCUUAUACAGUUACAUCAUUUGUAGUAGAAUGGACAAACCUAAAUGAAGAAAAGCAAAUUAAAUGGAUUAUGGCUCCUGCAAAUGUUAGAAAGUACCACAUUUUUGAUAAUUUCAUUCUUAUUGAGAAAUACAGAUUUAGUUUGUAUCCAAUAAUUCCUGAAGGAGUGACAAAGCCCUCAGUGACAUAUGGAUUCUCCAAAGGUGGAAUUGAAAAACAGAAUUAUGUGAACUUCUAUGUUAUUCUACCCCUAGUUAUUUCAUGCUCUCUUUUGCUGCUUGGUGGUCUGCUGAUCUUGCACCAAAGAAUGAAGAAAUUAUUCUGGGAUGAUGUUCCAAACCCCAAGAAUUGUUCCUGGGCACAAGAAGUUAACUUCCAAAAGAGAAUGGACAUUCUUUGAAGUCUAAUCAUGAUCACUGCCCGCUGAACCAAUGUGACAGCUCCCAGACUUCCUAUACAGAGUUGUUAGAAGAAUUAUCUAUUUGAAUUCUGAAGACAGAAUUACUUACAUAUCAUUUCAUUAUUUGCUGAUCUUGUUCAUACAUAAUAGUGGUGGAAAUAAUUUUAUUCAAAAGUUAAAUUAAUGGUAUACAAUUUUGACAACACUAUUCAUAUUUCAGACCAGGUGAGGGUUGCUGUGUGUAAAAGGAGCAUAUCAGAAUAGAAGUUAGGAAGACAGUAGCUGUGUUGGGACAUCAUGCUAAACCAUGGCUUAAUAAAAUGGGAACAAGCCUAAUCUUUCUUCCUUUUACCUGGCUGGGCAGACAAGUUCGGAAACGUUUACUUCUACUUUUGGUUAAUCACAGUUUGUCAUGUUGGCCAGACCAACAACUUUUGUUACACUAAGUUUAGCUUCAAACAAGCUAACUUCAAAUGGUGGUUUCUGAAGCAGGCUUGCUUAAACUAACCACAGUUAGCGUUCACCUGAGUUCCAUAUCUGAAAGACAUGACAACCUGUGGUUAAACAAAAGUGAAAACUUCCAGACUUCUUCCUGCCGCACAGGAGAAUGCAAACCCAGGAGGGGACUAGGUUAGCAUGUGAGUCCAAGAGGAUGCUAAACUUGUUCGUGUCUUAGUAAACCAUAGUUGAGCGUAAUGUCUGAAUGCAGCCACUGUAUGCCACAUUAUAUCACUUACCUUGGAAAGCUUGUGUUAAUUAACCUUCACUGACAUGAACCUUAGAGAAUGGGCUGAGCACCAGUAGUAUAGAGCUGGCUUAAUGGGGGUUAAUGGGAUAUUGAACAUAAGACAGAUAUUUCCCAUCCCUGGUUUACUACAAUAGCAAAAGAAGCCCAGGAUGUCAUAGUUUUAAAAACAUCAAUUUCUAGAAGGUUUUCUUUUUGCCAUGUUUGCCUAGUUUCCAUUGAUUUAUAAAGGUUUUUAAAAGUGUUUUGGUAGUUGAACGGGCACUUCAUGGUGCUCACAAUGGAGUGUACUGAUCACUUAGAACAUGAUUAUUCUGAUGUUUUGCAAGCAAAUACUCAAUAGAGUUAUAGAUGGAUGAGUAGCACACAGUCAAUUAGAGUGCAACUUUGCCAUCUUCCUAGUUCCAUUCAUAUCUCAUAUAAAUUGCAACCAGAAGCAAGGAGAGAUUGUCAUGAGCUUUGGAGUAAGCAACCACAUCUGAAGGAAUUAUUUUGAGGAAGAAACUCUCUCUUUGGUUUGCUUGGUGAGAAACUACCCAGUUCCUCUGACAUCACGGCUCUUAAAUUUUCUACUACCUUUGAGAUUGUCACCAGGAAUGGCAAAGGAACUUCCACAGGAACAGAACUUCCAAAUCAAAAUCUCACAAAUUAACACACUCUGGAGCUGUAUGCUAAUAAGAAUCUGUUGGGCCUGUGGUCUUAAUAUAAAGAGACAUUUCUUUUAAAAAAGGAAGGAGAGAUAUCUGGCAACCCUAUUAUGGAAGUACAUAUUUUUUGUGACAGCAGUGUGCCCUGUUCAUGUCCACAAGAGUACUGAAUGUCACACAAGAUAUAUGUAAAGGUCCACAUUCUUGUUCAGCUGUGUACAUCUACUCUAUUCAUUUUAAUUUAAUUUCAUAGAUAGAUUUGUUUCCAAAUUGUCUUUGAAAUGAAAAAUAAUUGCUAAAACCUUCUGAUUUCCUUGACUGUAUGAUAUCUGAUUAGGGAUACUACUAUUUAGCUCCUUAGUCCAAUAUAUUCACUUUUUUCUUUGAUGUUUUAACUCAACCACAUCAAUAGGGUAUUAUCAUAUAAAAAGCAAUAUCAUCUUGACAACAAAGGGGGAGAUCCAAAAUCAACAGGAUUUUCCAUAUCUUUCCACCAUUUCUGUUUAUUUCAGUGCACCUAGUAUAGAAUUGUAGUUUUAGAAGAAACAUCUAAAUGUAUUGAACAUGUCUGAACAAAAAGUUUAUUACUGGACGCUCUAACAGGGUUCUCCCUCCUAGUGUAGGUGUAGCACUUGUCACCAGAGUGAUGCACAUAGGACUCAAUGGAGGCCUCUUUCUAUUCUCACCUCUUGGAAUGCAGGCAGAGGCAAGAAUGUAGGCAGCACACCCAGGGUAUUACAGAGGGUAGGAGGUCUUUGCACACCUAUCAUUUAGCCAUUCUUAAUUACUAGGGUUUUGGAGACCAUGAUGGGGGAGCAGACAGGAAGAGGGAAAGGAGAGAGAAACAAGAUUCUAUUGAGUCUAUUGGAAUCAUUCAGUGGGAUUACUUUUUUAAAUAGCAGAUACAAAUAAAAUUAUAUCUAAGACUAUAUUUUGCCUAUAAUUUUCUAUCUCUCAUUAUCUUGCAGUUGAAUCCAAAUUAAAUUUGAUAUGACAGCCCCUGAAGUUAUGAAUGCUCCAUUUGUGUUCUUUUUCACAGGCAUAAACAAAUUGCUGUAAAAAAAAUAUUUACGUGGUACUCCUAUGAUAUGCAUAUAACUAAGAGCAAAUGAUUUACAGCAAACACUCAUUUUACCCUGUGCAUUUAACUGUUUUAUAAUCAUAAUGUUAUGUUUUCCCAAGAAAUAGUACUUGCAACAAAUCCAAUUAAACAUCUAACUCAUAUUCAUUCAUAUUCUAACUCAUAUUUAUUCAUGUUAAUGUGUGACUUACUUGAUUUGUGCAAGCUAUAUUCUUGAUUUGAUCCUGUAGGUUAAGUAUCAGACAGCAGCAUUAGAAAGCUGUUGUGGCAAAGUCAAACCGUCCCUGACACUAGGUCAUCCUGUUUCCUCUAAAAGGAACUCCGUAGGACCCCAGUGUGUCUCUAGAACACAGAGAGCCCCCAUGGCUCCCAAGGGUCCCCUGUAAUAUACAGGCACUCUCUCUUCUCCUGUUCCAGGUAUCAUUAUUUGCAAUUUGAUAGCUGUAUAUAUUUAUAAGCUAGUUUCUUUUCUGUCAUGCUUUAACAGCAUCAUACUCUUAACUGAGUUUAUGGAACUGCCUCCUGGAGCAGGGUAAGGGAGAAAGCAAUGUAUUUGAAAUACAUAUUUUUAUCCCACAAUGUUAGAACUAGCCCUUAGUCUGGGUAGCCAGGAAGGAGGCAAAGUGGCACCACAUUUUUACUAAAAUCUGAUCGGAGAGGAGCUUAGUACCACCAGUUAUAUAAAUCUACAGGAAGAGUUUUGAUUUUUCAAGAAGUCAAAAUAUUCUGACUUUCAGAAUUACAGACAUUAGAAAACUUCUCAUCAAAGUAGAUAGCAACUUGACCAGAUAUCAUUGAUAUCUGGUAGGGCACUUGCCUACAUUCUUGAAGUUGAUGGAGGUUGGCUACUCUUGACAAAUGUUUGUACCAAUUAUGUGUAUAUCAAUUAUUUCUGUUGGAAUGGAGAGGUAAGUGGUGCACAUAUGGCUGCAUUGUUUCUUCUGUGUACCAUGGGCUACAAAACUUGUGAACCUUAAUUACCCCAGGCUGGGUGGCUUUGGAUGGUCUUUGAUUUGCAGAGACUGGAAUUGUUGCCCACAGCCAAUUUCACUCGUCAACAGUUGGAUUUUAAGUGCCGUUGUACUUUGCACUCCCUGUUUUCACCUAUUUUCAUAAUUCAAUCUAAUUGACAAGAAUGAAAACCUAUGUAUGAAAAGCUCUGGUUCAGAGCGAUUGCUUUAACAAACUCUGAGCCCCUUGUUACCAGGGUUGGGGGGAGGUUCUUAUUGUGCCAGUGUUAUGGAGGUGGGUGGGCAAGUGAAGGGAUCUUCCCCUUUUGUGGCUGGCAGCUGAACUGGUUUGCUGCCCAACUGCAGAGUGGGCAUGAAUGGGAACCUUUUCCUAAUAAUCUAUCUUUUCCUAAUAAUCUAUCUAAUCUAUUCCAAGAGAAUAAAUAUGGAGCCAGACCCAGGAUUUCAACAUUUAUGUUGCUGAUGUGAUGCAUGCAUAUUUUGCCCUCAUUGACAAGAAUGUUAUAUAUAUAAAGCUCUGGCUCAGAACAAUUGUUCUUUCCUUUAUUAUAUAAGCUCAUCAGAGGCUGAACUGAAAAAUAAGAACUUCAGUAUUAUACAGACUGCUAUGGUAUCAUAAAUUUAAAUGUAUAAACAUUUCCUCACAAAACCUCCUUAAUCAUAUUAUCUCUGUCUUUUAUUGUGCAUAUUCAUCCUACUUAAAGCAUACAACUUCAUGAGAUGUGAAUACUAUACAGUCAGUUGGCUCCCCCCCCCCAAAAAAUGAGUUCAUUUUGUUUCAAAAAAUGUGACAUUGCUCAGGCUUUUAAAGUGGUGCCAAAUUAAGAAUAAUAAAAUGAAAGCAAAGUGUUUGUGUUUCCUUUUCCCUACCCUUUUCUAUUGGAUAUAAGCUAUGAAUUA